AUGUCACAAAUUGAUGAUGAUGAAGCUCUUUUUGAAGAUUUAUACGGGGAUGAUGAAAAAGAAACUACUUUAAAGACUGAAGAAGUAAAAGAAGAUUCUAAACCUGAAGAAUCAAAACCUGAAGAAUCUAAACCUGAGGAAUCAAAACCCGAACCAGUUCAACCUGAACCAGUUCAAUCAGUUCAAUCAGUUCAGUCAGUUCAAUCUGAAAUGCCUGAAGUAUUGCCAUCCAUACCACAACCAACUUUUCGAUACGAUGAACCUCCUUCAUUUUCAGAUUUAGGUAGAGAUUCAGGUAAAAUGUUUAUAGGAGGAUUGAAUUGGGAUACAACAGAAGAAGGUUUAGUUAAUUAUUUUUCAAAAUUUGGUGAAAUUGUUGAUUAUACAAUUAUGAAAGAUAAUGCCACUGGUAGAUCUAGAGGUUUUGGCUUCUUAACAUUUAAAGAUUCAAAAGCUGUUGAUGAAGUUAUAAGACAAGAUCAUAUUUUGGACGGCAAAUUAAUUGAUCCUAAAAGAGCUAUUUCAAAGGAAGAUCAAGAUAGAGUUGGUAAAAUAUUUAUAGGAGGUAUUGAUCCAAUGGUUACUGAAGCUGAAUUUAAUCAAUUUUUUUCCCAAUUUGGUACUAUAAUUGAUUGUCAAUUAAUGAUUGAUAAAGAUACUGGUAGAUCAAGAGGUUUUGGUUUUAUAACUUUUGAUUCACCAGAUGCUGUUGAUAAAGUUUGUGUAAAUAAAUAUUUAUCAUUAAAAGGUAAAGCAAUGGAAGUUAAACGUGCUGCUCCAAGAGGUCAACAUAAUCAACAAGUUUUGAUGCAACAACAAGCUCAACAACAAGCUCAGCAACAAGCAAUGUAUCCAUAUGGAGCGAAUUAUCAAAUGAUGGCUCAAAUGAAUCCAAUGGCUGGUGCCCAAAUGACUCCAGAAUAUAUGAGAUAUUAUCAAUGGUAUAUGUAUCAACAACAACAACAACAAGGUGGAGAUAAUUCACAACAACCACAACAACCAUUAAAUCCUCAACAACAGGCUGAUGAAGAAAGUGGUGAUCCACAACAACCAGGAGCAAUUCCCCAACCACAAAAUGGAAUUGACUCAUCAAAACCAAAUAUUCCGACUGGUCCAAAAAGAUUACCACCAUCGGGUCCAUCAAGUUAUGGUGGUUAUAGAGGACGUGGAGGUUUCAGAGGAAGAGGUAGAGGUGGUUUCAGAUCUCGUGGAUUUCAUCCUUAUGGAAGAGGUGGUAGAAGAUGA